AUGAAACUCUCCAAGUCAAUUUUAGGGCUCGCAGUUCUCAGCUUGGUGCACCAUGUUAGAGCUGAGUUGAUUCAAGGAAGCUGGUUUCCUGUUGAUUUUAAAGGAAGCAUUCCUGUCGACUUCUCACCGUUCGUAAAGGGAGAACAGAUUACAAUUGAUUGCAGUGCAAGGAAUAUAGAUAAUAAUGGUGAACAUAAAUUUGAUGAUAAACUGAGGGUAAUAUACACUGCUUUUCCAACUUGCAAGGAAAGUGGUAAGCCAUUGGAAUUCAAGUAUGGCAUAAAUGAAGACUUGCAGUGUACGAUUGAGUUCACUGAUGAAAUAUAUCAUCUUUUCCAGCUAUAUAUACAUGAGGACGCUCCAUUCAGUUGUCGCUUACCAACAAGUAGUAGCACAAACUAUUUAGAGCAAGGUGGUGCCUACGUUCCUUUGACAUUCAAUUUAAGAGGGGAGGUGCGUGAGUCCCAUUUGAGAAUUGAUAACAAUAUCAAUGUCAUAAUAGUCACUCCUUCCACCCAUAAAUCGGAGCAAAACACAUUUAUAAGUGCAGUCGGUUGGUCAUCGGGUACUAACUUGACUAGAAUCAAAAUUGGAGAUGAAUUGCCUCUUAAAUUUGCCAUUCGAUGGUUUGAUCAGCUCGACAACGAAGGUUCUUUGACACAAGGAAUGAAAAAUAUUCAAUUGCCAUAUGCUGAUGGAUUUUAUAAGCUCCCAAACCCAAGGAAUGCUUUUUUGCUUCGCUGGUUGUUAUACUUUCCACUGCAGCUAGUUAUGUUGGUCGUCUAUUUCACAGUUUUUGCCUUGACCUUAGGAGGUUUACUAUUUUUUUAUUUUAUCAUCAAGAAGUCAUUUAGGAAUAAUAGGUUCGGAUCUUUUGAUAGCGAAACGGGCUACAAUAAAAAUGAUUAG